GCGGCGCCGCGCGUCCCUCCCGUCCAGCGCAGCGCAGCCCAGCCCAGCCCAGCGCAGCGCAGCGCAGCGCUCGCCGGCGCGGAGCGGAGCGGAGCGGAGCGGAGCAGAGCCGGGCGGCUGCAGCCCGCGGAGGGGCCAUAUUGGAUUCAGCGGCGGGUCCGGCCCGGCCAUGGCAGCCACGGACCUGCAGCGCUUCUGCACUGAAGAGAAGCGGAAUCUCUCCCUGGGGGGCCAUGUUGGAUUCGAUAGUCUUCCCGAUCAGCUCGUCAGCAAGUCUGUCUCUCAAGGCUUCAGCUUCAACAUCCUCUGUGUGGGUGAAACUGGCAUUGGGAAAUCCACCUUAAUGAACACACUCUUCAAUACCACAUUUGAGACGGAGGAGGCCAGUCACUAUGAGAACACAGUGCGCUUGCGACCACGGACCUACGACCUGCAGGAGAGCAACGUGCACCUGAAACUGACCAUCGUGGAUGCUGUGGGAUUCGGAGACCAGAUCAAUAAAGAUGAAAGUUACAGGCCAAUAGUUGACUACAUUGACACGCAGUUUGAAAACUACUUGCAAGAAGAGCUGAAAAUCCGCCGUUCCCUGUUUAACUAUCAUGACACAAGGAUCCAUGUUUGUCUGUAUUUCAUCACUCCAACUGGGCACUCUCUGAAGUCUUUGGAUCUUGUGACAAUGAAGAAGCUGGAUAGCAAGGUGAACAUUAUCCCAAUCAUUGCCAAAGCAGACACCAUCUCCAAGAGUGAGCUGCACAAGUUUAAGAUCAAGAUCAUGAGUGAGCUGGUGAGCAAUGGAGUGCAAAUCUACCAGUUCCCCACAGAUGAUGAGGCCGUGGCUGAGAUCAACUCCGUAAUGAACGCUCAUCUGCCCUUUGCUGUUGUCGGCAGCACAGAGGAGGUGAAAGUCGGAAAUAAAUUGGUGAGAGCUCGACAGUACCCCUGGGGCGUGGUGCAAGUUGAGAAUGAAAGCCAUUGUGACUUUGUGAAACUGCGUGAAAUGCUCAUUCGAGUCAACAUGGAAGAUCUUCGGGAGCAGACUCAUACUCGCCACUAUGAGCUCUACCGGCGGUGCAAGCUGGAGGAGAUGGGGUUUAAGGACACAGAUCCUGAAAGCCAGCCCUUCAGCCUCCAAGAAACAUAUGAGACCAAAAGAAAAGAGUUCCUUGGUGAGCUGCAGAGGAAAGAGGAAGAAAUGAGGCAAAUGUUUGUGAACAAAGUCAAGGAGACGGAAGCACAGCUGAAAGACAAAGAAAGAGAGCUGCAUGAGAAAUUUGAGCAUCUAAAGAGGAUACACCAGGAGGAGAAGAGGAAGGUGGAGGAGAAGAGGAGGGAGCUGGAGGAGGAGAUGAAUGCCUUCAACAGGCGGAAAGUAGCAGUUGAAACACUUCAGUCCCAGUCCUUUGCUACUUCACAGCAGCCACUGAAGAAGGAUAAAGAUAAGAAAAAUUAAUCACACACAGACUUUCAGGCCAAGAGUGGACUUGGUACUUACAUGUGUUUAAGUUGCUUGAGUUUCCCACCUUGUGAUCCUUCUGUCAUAACAUUGUGUGAGUGGACCAAAGUUAAGGAGAAAAUGGGCAUCUUCAGUGGUUGCAGUGUAACAAUUCAUUGUUUUCUGUACAGGACUUAUAAAUAGCUUUUAAGGAUGUCAACUCUACCCUUUGUAAAUUCCCUUAGACAAAGUCACUUCAUCCUGAAACUGAGGACACUUAUUUUUAUUUGACGGCUGAGCAUCCACCUAUAACAUCACUGUAAUUGUUCAUCUGAGCUCACUUUACCAGUUGAUUGAAUAUUUACUUUCCAGAUUAUGUUGUUUUUAAUGGUUAAAGGGGCUCCUUGGAAUGUGAUUUGGGUUCCCCUCCUCCCCCCCACAUUUCCCUGAUGUGAAAACCACUCAACAUUUUUAUUUCUCUAUCUAAAGUCUUAAUUUGAAUAAGUGUAGACUUUUAAAAGAGUUUUGAAUUUCCAUUCCAUUCCAUUUGAAUUUAUACAUGCAUACUAACAUUUUGGUUGGAACAUUUAAAAUAGGAAGAUGUGAAGCUAUGGGAUUUGUGUAACUUCACUUGUAAUAUACUAGUCCAUGUUGCUGUUAAGGAAAAAGAUGCUUGAUUGGUCCUCUUGAAUUCUUCAAUAGUUUGCAAUUUCAAAAGUGUAACUAUAAGCAGAUGCAGUGAAGAGAAGCCAUCUGACCCUGAAAGAAACUACAUACCUACAUUCCUAUCAGCCUCUUCAGUUCCUCUCAGAAACAUUUUCCUCCAAUGCUUCUCUGAUAUUUGGAAGCCAUAUUUUUAUUUUUGAGGCAGUUGAGCUCAUAGGAAUCUGUAGAAUCAACAUUUUUCAAGCAGCAGCUAUGGGAUCCAGUCUUUGUAUGAUGUAUGUAAACAAGGUAAGGACUGAAGGGUGUGCUAGCUAGAAUUCAGAUACCAUUUUCUUAGUUAAAAGCAGUUAGAAUCAAAAAGUAUCAAGUGCUGGGCUGCAAGAAAAUUAGUAUUGUAUGCUAGCUUCACUGUAGUGCUUUUUUAGAAUUAAAAAAAGCUUUUUUAGCAAACCCUAGCUGGCUAAGUGAACACACCAGUUUUAUUUAGUCACUCAUUUUAAAGGUUUCUUCUGAUUGAUCUUAGAAGUCUUUCAGCAAAUGCACUGGCAGCUCCUGAGCCCUUAGCAGGUCAGUUCAGAGGGAGCAUUUAGCUAAAAUUAAUAAGUUAAGAUUCUUCAGCUUACAUAUCCUAUUAAAGCAGCUUUUUUAAAUACCUGCUCAAGUGUUGAAGCAUUUUUAUACAGAUAUUGGCCUUUUUAAUGAAUAUACUGAAAAUCAUGUCACAGUAUUACUUGAUAUUUGUAAGAACCUCAUGAAAGUUAAACAGGUACAUUUAAAAACAGACCGUUUUGAAAAAGAAAGGUGAUGGUGACUAGUAAUGCUUCUUCAGGAGUUUGCUGUUUAUCUCACCAUUUGAAUUUUUUAAGGCUGUGCCUCUUGAAGCUAAAUGUAUUGUAAAGAGUGACUGUCAAACGUUGAGAGAAGAUAUGGUCGAAGAAUACAGGAUAUUGUCACAUACAGGAAGACAAUCCUUGUACAUAAUUAGCUGAAAACAAUCAUGUUGCAAAACAAAAUCCAAUCGUGCUUAUCUUAUUCAAGUGAAAGCUCCAUAAAAAAAUGACAGACUAAUUGCCUAAGCCAGUGGUCAGUGACCUUUAAUAAGCCAUGGGCUGAAACAAACCAGCUCUGGUCCAAUGUGGGCCAGGUGGCUUUGGCAGCAUGUCAGCAAUGGAAUACCUUGUCUCCCAGCUGCAGCGCGGGCAUGGCUGGAAGCUGCGAAUCCCCAGUGCGGGUGCUGGAAGAGGACCUCUGUUUUUCCUCCUUCCCCCAACCCACCAGGUGCAGCAAAGGCGCAGCUCUGAGCCCGCAGGGAGCUGUGUUAAGGCCCUGCAGCUUCCAGCUGUGUCCACAGUACAGCUGGGAGGCUGGGGGUGGAGAAGCAGAGGCAGCAAAGAGGUGGUUUGCAGCUCCCAUGCCCCAAAGCAGUCCUCCCACCUGCUGGAAGCUGGGCCUGCCUGAAGCCAGGGAGCAGCUUGGGGGCUGGGAGAAGCAGCAGCAGCGCAGGAGCAGGAAAAAAACCCUUCAGCUGCACAGGCCGGUUCCAGUCUGUGGGCCACAUGUUGCUGACCCUGUGCAAGUAAAGCCACAUUGUUAUUUAUUUUCUGUCUUCUUAAAGGGCAGCAUUCAUGAGGGCUGGAAUUAGGUGAUUUGCUCGUAUGCAAGUGAUUGCAUCAAGCUUGUCAGUCGGCAAGUUUUCUCCUGAUCUCAUGCUGCCAAAAUUCAGGUCAUCUAUGCAAUCGUUUUCUGAUGAUUGGCUCAUCAGAAAUAGAAAAUAACCUUUUGUAGAGUAGUAACUAUACUUCCUGGAGGAUGUUAGUUGGAUCGAAAAAAGUCCAUGGCCAUAUUAGAGAGAUUUCCGUAUUUAUGUUGAAGACAUUCAGAAUGUAUGUAACAAUAUAUUAAUUAUUAUUAAUUAUUAUUAUUAUAUGUGCAUUGACUUCAUGUUGUGGUGAACAUCAUUGUCCUUUUUAUUUAAAUAUUGACCUCAACUUCAGUUGGUCAUUAAUACUCUUGGAUUAAUCAACAUAAUAUUAUCUGCAAUGGAAGUCAUUAUAUGCUUUUUUAAUUAUUUUUUUUAUAGUACUUGAUUUCUCAUAUUUUUGACCAAGACCAAAUGUAUUGUUUGGUGCAUAGUUUCAUAAGUUCCAUACUUAUGUUUGGUGCAUUAGUUCCAUACUUACUCUUUAUGUAACAAGUUAUCAACAUAAUGUGACGCUAAUCUAACUCUCAUUGGAAGAUUUACCUCUUGUGUUUGUAGGCUAGAAGAAAAUAAGGGGUGGUUGCAUUAUACCCAAAUAGAGCAAUCCCAUUAAGUUUUUUUUUUUCCUGUUUGUUGUUGUUGUUGUUGUUGUUGGUUGGUUUUGGUUUAAUGUUUUUUACAUUCAUCUAUAUAACAGGUUGGCGGUAAUGAAAAAUAUUCAUUUUCUAUCAUUUAAACAUUUACUACCAUGUAUUUUGUCUGCUUUUGAAGUUUAAAUGUACUUUGGAUGGCUCUUAAUUUUGUAGACUGUCUGUGCUUGGAGCAGUUUUCACACAGAAGUGGGUAUUAAUUUUUUUUAAUUCAGAAAAUAUGGAGAAAUUUGUGGAACUGCUCUUUGUCAUAUGCUACUCAGAAAAUAUUGCAUUCGUUCACUGUCAGUCAUACUGUUUUUUUGACUUUCUUUACUUUCACUUUGUACUUACUUCUUUUAUUAAAUCUCACAUUUAUUUUGA